CCGCCGCCGCCGCUUUGUAAACACAUGGCGAGGUCCGGGCUCUGACCGCCGCGGAUCAAGAGCCCGGCGGCCGCGGGGGAGGAGGGAGGAGGGGGGUGGCUCCUUGGAGGCCGCGGCGGCCCCUGCGGUGGGGAGCGAGGAGCAGCAGCAGCAGGAGGGGAGCGAGGAGGCGUCCACGCCAUGGAGCCUGCGAAAGCCUCUAAGGAUGGGAAAAAGUCAGCGAAAGAAGCUCCCGAGAACACAGAUGAGGCAACGGCAGCAUCAGCGGCUGCCGCUGCAGCUGGAGGGAGCGGCAAGAAGCCCAACAGUAGCCAGACAGCGGCGCCACCUCCUCCGCCGCCGCAGACGCCGCUGAACAAGGUGAAGUAUGCGGGGCCCCCGCACAUCGUCAAGAAGGAGAAGCGGCAGAGCUCGUCGCACUUCAACGUCAGCAAGGACCGCGAGCUGCAGAAGCUGCCGGCGCUCAAAGAUGCGUCAGCGGCCGAGCGGGAGGAGCUGUUUGUGCAGAAGCUGCAGCAGUGCUGCGUGCUGUUCGACUUCGUGUCGGACCCGCUCAGCGACCUCAAGUGGAAGGAGGUGAAGAGGGCGGCGCUGAACGAGAUGGUGGAGUACAUCACACACAGCCGCGGCGUCAUCACCGAGCCCAUCUACCCGGAGGUGGUGCACGUGUUCUCGGUGAACAUGUUCCGCACGCUGCCACCGUCCUCCAACCCGACGGGGGCUGAGUUUGACCCCGAGGAGGAUGAGCCCACGCUGGAGGCCGCCUGGCCGCACCUCCAGUUGGUUUACGAGUUCUUCCUGAGGUUUUUGGAGUCGCCGGACUUCCAGCCAAACGUCGCGAAAAAAUACAUCGAUCAGAAGUUUGUCAUGCAGCUGCUGGACCUCUUUGACAGCGAGGACCCACGCGAGAGGGACUUCCUGAAGACCACGCUGCACCGCAUCUACGGGAAGUUUCUGGGGCUGCGGGCGUACAUCCGCAAGCAGAUCAACAACAUCUUCUACAGGUUCAUCUAUGAGACGGAGCAUCACAACGGCAUCGCAGAGCUUCUGGAAAUCCUGGGCAGCAUCAUCAACGGCUUUGCGCUGCCGCUCAAGGAGGAGCACAAGGUGUUCCUGCUCAAGGUGCUGCUGCCCCUGCACAAGGUGAAGUCCCUGAGCGUCUAUCACCCCCAGCUGGCGUACUGUGUCGUGCAGUUCCUGGAGAAAGACAGUACCCUCACAGAACCAGUGGUGAUGGCGCUCAUGAAGUUCUGGCCCAAGACCCACAGCCCCAAGGAGGUGAUGUUUCUUAACGAGCUCGAGGAGAUUCUCGACGUCAUCGAGCCGGCCGAGUUCGUCAAGGUCAUGGAGCCGCUCUUCAGGCAGCUCGCCAAGUGCGUGUCCAGCCCCCACUUCCAGGUGGCGGAGCGCGCUCUCUACUACUGGAACAACGAGUACAUCAUGAGCCUCGUGAGCGACAACGCCGCCAAGAUCCUGCCCGUCAUGUUCCCGUCGCUUUACCGCAACUCCAAGAGCCACUGGAACAAGACCAUUCACGGGCUCAUCUAUAACGCACUGAAGCUCUUCAUGGAGAUGAACCAGAAGCUUUUUGACGACUGUACACAGCAAUACAAGGCAGAGAGGCAGCAGGAAAAGCUAAAGUUAAAAGACCGCGAUGAGGCGUGGACAAAGAUUGAGUCUCUGGCAAAGACAAACCCACAGUACCAGACGCGCCUGCAGCAGGACCUGAACGGCGCCGUGGUCUCCAUGGAGACGGACACGCCCUCCGCCGAGGACAUCAUCCAGCUCAAGAAGUCGAUGGAGACGGAGGCCAUGCAGUGCGUGCAGCAGCCCAAGCCCGAGGUGAAGAAGGUUCUCCUGCGCCGCAAGUCGGAGCUGCCCCAGGACGUGUACACGAUGAAGGCGCUGGAGGCGCACCGGCGGGCUGAGGAGUACCUCUCCACCUCGCCCGAGACAAUAGCCUCAGCCCUUGGACACACUGCCUAGGCACGCGCACACCUGCAAGAUGAGAGCUGGCCGCUGGUGCGUUGCGUCUGCCCCAAAUGGUUACUUUGGUUUCUGCAGCCGGUUUUUAGUUUUCCUCCGAAAUGAUUCGCGUGAUUCGGCUUUUGACACCGCACACACCGGCGGCGGCGGCGGCGGCGGCAGGGGCGACGAUGCGGGUCUCUUCCGCGCCCCGCUUUCACAGUGGGAUCUGGCUUCCGAGCUGCGGUAUUUUUCCCGUGAAAAAUUCACUUCGACUCGACCGUGAGAAGUCCACGACGGCCGGCGGGAACGCGCUCUAGCGCGCGCCGUCCCUCCGCGGUGUCGUCGUCGCGUCGCGAAAUCGCUGCCUCGGACCCCCCUUCCACCACCCUUUGUGCAGAGAUGGUGAAUCUCUCGACAUGGUCUCACCCUGGUUGAUAUAGAACGUCCCCUUCAUUUGUUCACUGCGAUUCUGAUCAACUCGGUUUUUGGUGGACUGUGACUUAAUGUGCGAUCGUCGACAAAGCCUGGACUUGAAAUUUUACACGAUGAAUGCCUCUUGCUGUCACCGUGCAACUCUCUCACGAAUUCGCUCUGAAAUCGGAGAAAUCUCCAAUCUCCGUAUCAGCAGAGAGGAAAUGAAGGUGAUGCAUAACUCUAACCCGGCAACAGCAGCCGCUCGGAGGGGGGGGUUGGUGGAUCACGCAGGGAUUGGAGCCCUCGCGACAAUGAUCGUGAUGAGACGCUGCAUGCGGGGCAGCAAAAGGCGUUGCCUGUGUGGUAGGCAGUACAGCAAGUAGGCGUGCAGCAGGCUGUCUGUGCUGCUGCAGUGAGAGGUUUUCUCCCCUCGUGGGCGGCGUUCCUCAGGCUACACGCACACAAAGUGAAAUCCACGACACGAAUUGGCCACACGACCCAAGCGGUGGGGCAUUGCCCUGCAAAUAUUUCAAAGUGCUGAAUGGAAUUUUCCAAUGUUCAUAUGCAAGGAAAAGCCUACGGCUUGCAAACUGAUGCGGCUUGCAAACUGAAAAAACCAAACGCAUCGGGACUGCAUAAAUACGUUGAUUUAAAAGUGCAGCGGGGGCCACUUGUGUGACGUGUUCUGCACGUCUGCGUCACCUGUUGCGAUCCGACGGAGCUCUCCCUGUGGUUCCGGGUUACGGUUUCACAUCGACCAAUGGGGUCCGGCCGUGAUUUCUGUCGGAGGCAAAACGGGGCGAGAGUGGCGGCGCACACGAGGCUUCGACUGCGAACGCUGCAUUCAAUUUUAACGUCGCUAAACUCAGAGUCUCUGGCUCCCUAAUUACCGUCGGGCUUGGUGUUGAUUCCCGGCACUCGUGGAGCAAGUCCGAGGCGCCUGCAGGAUGCUCCUCUAACGUACGAGGCCUACAAAGCCAGAUGAAGGCAGCCUCAAGAUGCAUCUGGGCUCGGUGCUGGUGCCUGUUGGCCUGCCUUCUCCCCCUGCCUCACUCGCCAAGUGCCGCUCUUGUUUUGUCUCCGACAAAAGUGACGGUGGAUUCGAUUGUGCUCGGCCUGCGAGUCGAAGUGCUCCGACGUUUGAUCUUCGCAGCCGGGCCACGGUUGUGACGAGGUCGUGUGUCAUCCGGUAAACUUCACCCCCCACUCACCCCCCCCCCCCCGUGUUCCCGUGUUAAUACAGCGCAGUUGCACUCGACAAGGUGAAGUAUAAAGGAAAGGUAUAUGGUAACAAUAAUGUAUUAUAAACAAUGUUAGCCGUGUAAGAUAGGCUCUUGGAAGACGCUGCGGGCUAGGGCGUGUCGUGGACUGUGUUGUUCUGCAUCGAGACGUUCGGCCGCUGUCCGUAUGGGAAUCUUAAAAAUGGAUUAAAAACACAAACAAAAUAAUGUUUUGCCAUGUGCCUCCGACACCAAAAGCACAAUUGGUAUAUAAUCGAUGAAACAAUGUUUUGUGGGACAAUGAAACAAAUAUAGUAAUAACUUAAUAAACGUGGAACUAAAUUCUC